AUGGCAUUGGCUGAAGGAAUAUAUCUGUAUACCUCCACCAUGGGAUGUGCAUUACAAAUAUCUAAAGUCUAUCGAGAACAUUAUGUGCCAAUUGUUUCCCACCAAGAAACCGUCAUGUCAAUUUACGCUUAUCGCACAAUUAAAGGUGAAAAGGGUGAUCGCGGACCCAAGGGACCACCUGGUGACAGUAUACGUGGUCCACCUGGACCACCGGGUCCUGCUGGUCCUAAGGGUGAACCAGGAUCAUUUCCACCUUUUAUUGAUUUCCCCAGCAAUCCUGAUGCGAAAUACACUGGCAAAUGUACAUGCAAUGCGUCUGAUAUCCUAGAAGCGAUUAAAGAAAACGAUCUACUGCGCGAAACGAUACGUGGCCCACCAGGACUACCGGGUAAAGAGGGUAAAACUGGAGCUCCUGGACGGACGGUUACAAUAACCGAAAAGGGUGCUACUGGGGUGCCAGGAGAACGCGGUGCCCCCGGUCCGAAAGGCGACCGCGGCGAUAGGGGCGAUCCUGGCCCUCGUGGUCCCGAAGGUCUACAGGGCCAGAAAGGUGAACCAGGUGUCGACGGCAUGCCUGGUGUAGCGGGUCCUCCGGGACCACCAGGUCCACCUGGUUUGCCAGAAAACUAUGAUGAAUCGUUAAUGGGCAACUCCAUGGGAUCAUUACGUAGCAGUUCACCUGGACCCAAGGGUGAACCAGGCAUUAAAGGUGAAAUGGGUCGGCCAGGUGAAAGAGGUCAGCCAGGACAGAAAGGUGAACGUGGAGAUCCUGGAAUGAGUGGCGAAAAAGGCGACAGG